AUAUAAAAAUAUAUAAAAUAACUUUGAAAUAAGUGAAAAUGUUGGCUGUGUAUUUGAAAAAGAAAUCAGCAGCAACAAAAACAAAAACUACCACAAAAGCAAUAAUAACAAGAAAAGAAAACAGCAUACAAGCAAAGCUAAUAAAAGCACUAAUUUUUCCUAAGUAAUCAAAGAAAAAAAUAAAAUACGCAAUUGGAAAAAUUUGUAACUGGGUGCUACUGCUAGUCAGCAGAAGUCAUUUACUCACCACCCCCUCCCUUUAAUCUUUAAACGUCCUUGGCAGAUAACACUUUUUUCCCAUCUUCUUAAUACAAACGUCACACAUAAAUAUAAUUAUAAAGGUGGAAACUAUGACGACUUCUGAAAAUGUUGGAAAUCGUUUGACUAAAUUAAUACUUAACGAACAGAAUCAUCUAACAGUAGCAGCAACAGCAACAGCAACAUCAGCAGCAUCAACGACAGCCCUAACGACACCACCAGCAGACAUGCAAACACUUCAAACGCAGUCACAAACAACACAGCAGCAGCAACAACAACAACACAAUAAUGUCAUUGUUAUAAGAAAAUUGAAUAAUGCUGGUGGUGAAACUUUAAAAAAUGGUACUGCGUCUAUUGUAACAUCUCCCACAUCACCCGGUGAUAUGUCAAACAAUGAGCUGAAAGCAUUAAAACGAGAAUCCGAUCCACAGUUUUCUAGAUUUGCUGACUAUUUUGUUAUAUGUGGUUUAGAUUUGGAUACUGGAUUGGAACCUGACCGUUUUGCUGGUGAUAAUUUACAUUGCUCCCCCUUGGAUCGUGCCUACAAAAGUAAACCUUUGGCUCAUUAUCCAGAAAAUGUUUCUUGGAACCCAUUUGAUGCACAUGGUAUCUGCAUGUUAUCUUUACCGCAAGGGUUGCGUUUUCGAACUCAAAAGCACAACAUAACGCCAAAGUUUCAUUCUUUUGCCACAACUCGAGAGGAUGGAAAACGUUGCUAUGGAUUUAGCUUGGUGUUUUAUGAGGAAAUACGCAAUAGAAACAUUUGUAGUGCUAUGCAUACGUUGCAGUCUAUGUUUAUAACUGAACUCUCUAGUGGUCAACAAAAUCAUUCAUUAGGAAGAAUAAAGGAAACCUCUGUGAGCAGAUCAUUGCCUCGUCAUUUUAAGGUUGCAGGUCAAGCACCACAAUCCGCACAAAGUUAUUAUGAUAUAACCAAGGAUAAACUCUACGUUGCCAAAAGUAUCUCUUUAAUAUGUCAGAUUCCUUAUGCUUUUGCAGCUGAAAUGUUUUUAACAAAUUUGUACAAAUGUCUUCCGCGUCAACCCGGAGCUGGUAUUAGUCUCGAAUCAUAUGUUUAUAAUAUACUCUAUGAAGUGAUGCUACCUCAACCUGGUAAAUCAAUAAGAAUUUAUUUGCCACCAAUCGAACCACAUUUAGCUGGUCUAGCACUUACAUUACAACGUCCAGAAUUGAGUGUUGAGUUGCCACUUCUUGAUUUUCCUUUACGUUUAUUAUUCACCUAUUUAGGUGUUGAAUGCGUUAUACAAUUACUAACGUGCGUAUUGUUAGAAAAUCAAGUGUUAUUACGUUCUACCGAUUAUCAAAAACUAAUGAUUGUUGGUGAAUGUAUUACAUCUAUAUUAUUUCCGUUCGUUUGGCCGCAUGUAUAUGCACCCAUCUUGCCAGCAGCAUUGCAUCAUUUUUUAGAUGCUCCAGUUCCUUUUGUUAUGGGUCUACAUGCUGAAUGCGAAGCCGCCAAUAAAAUUGGCACAGAAGCAACACUAUGUUUUGUUGAUAUAGACAAAAAAAUUAUACAACUGCCAGAAGAGCUUCCUGUAUUUCCCCAUAAAACUGAUUUCAUGGCGGAAGUAAUAUCUAUUUUAGAUAAAUUCGAUAUAGAACGUGAUCGUUCUCAUGAACCAAUACUCAAAAAUGGUUACGCUUCACGUGAUCAUGAUGUCAUGAUAUCUAGUUGUACCUUGCCAACCGGUCUACAAGCUACACGCCGCAGCAGGGAACGUUUUAAUCAAUUACAAGAAACUGUCUAUACAUUAGGCAAUAAUAAUGGUACGAAUCAUGUUAAUCUCGAAUAUCAACCACUCAUUGCGCAUCCUUCAAAAAUUGAUCAUGUACCACGAAUUGCAGAUUUUUUACGCCGUAAAGGAGGCAUGCGCACACAAUCUCCAAGUGCUGUUACGUCUUUUGGUGAUACAAGCACUGAUAUAGUUGAUGCCACAAUGUCACCUACGAAAGCUGCUGCUUUAGGCCAAAAGACGAAAGUGACACCAACAAUAAUUACCAAUGAAGAGCAAUAUUAUCAAGAUUUACGCAUUAAUAAUUCUUUGCGUGAAAUAUUCCUUAAUCGCUUUGUUCAUAUGUUUUACUCAUAUGAAUUUUUUGUAAUAUAUCCUAAUCAAGAUAAAGAAGAAUGGCUGUCGAAUCGUGAAUCUCUACAAAAUUUUGAUAAAAAUUCAUUUUUAUCAGAUCAACCUGAACAUCAUCGUGCAUUUUUGUCACGAUUUUUAGAAUCUCAAAUGUUUGCAACACUAAUAGAUAAUAAAAUAUUGUCUGUUUGGGAGAAGGAACCAGAAGCUAAUUUAAGACUAUUUGAUCAACGAGUUAAAUUAUUAAGAAAACGUCACGGUGAAAAUAUGAUUUGUGCAACCAGUUAUGAACCAUGUGUGAUGAGUCAGGAAGCGCAGCAAGUAUUUGAGAAACGUUUAAGUUGUGUCGACAUUGAAGUGACGCCACCAAGCGAAAUACUUUCAAAUCGUGCAGCAUAUUUUCGAAGUUUUCCUAUAUUAGAAAAAUCUGUUUUAAAUCAGGAAUGUGCAUCGAGGGGAAACAGCUUGAGACGCGUUAAAAACGGUAACAAAUGGCGUGCCAAAGAAAUCUGUUUAGAUCCCAAAACUACAAAUUCCGUUAAUCGUCUGUCAGCCAAUUUAUCUACCACCGAAGUGAGUCCAGCUUUAAUAGCACAAGCUAAUUGGACGUUUGUUGAACGUUUACUUAAGGAUAUUAAAUCAAAAACGAAGCGAAUGUUAUUGGAAAAAAUGGGUACAGAAGCUGUAGCACUUGGUCUCAAGGGUGAUGGUAUCGAAGAAAACACAUUGAUUGCAUCAUUGUGCGAUUUGUUAGAAAAAAUUUGGUCUCAUGGAUUACAAACAAAGCAAGGAAAAUCCGCUCUGUGGUCACAUUUGCAAUCAUAUUUAGAAUUGCAGGAAUCGCGCAUAAAUAAUACAUCUACUACCUCAAAUAGUACAUCACCAAAAACAUCUGGAAGUGGUAAUAAAAUUGGUACUGGAAGUUAUGCAGCAACUACACCAGCGCUUGCUUGGAAUGUUAUGCGUAAACGUAUGGAUUAUUUAUCAACAUUCCAAACUGAUAUUGAAAACUCUCCUCCAAGUCCAAACCGUAGUCGUUCGCGUGAUCGCAACAAAUUUGUAGGGCUUGAACAAUUGUGUCCACUUCCCGAGUCGUUAGAAUUUGAUGUUAAAAAUGUUUUAGCUAUGGCUGAUAUUAAAACACAUAUUGGUUAUACUCGUGCUUGGGUACGUCUGUCACUAGAAAAGAAAUUGCUUUCACGACAUUUUCGAACAUUGUUGUCUGAUGAAUCGUUAUUGCGCUCAUUAUACAAGAGAUCUGCAUUUUUACGUUGUGAAGAGGAGAAAGAGCAGUUUUUAUAUCAUUUGUUAACGUUAAAUACAGUGGAUUAUUUUUCUUUUACUAAUACGUAUCCUUCAACAAAGUUACCUUAUCGCGUUGUAAUAUUUCCAUCUCGUAAGCAUGGUGUGUACCACACUUCCAGCAAUGUUUGGAUUAUCGUGUCUGGCACCAUGAAUGAAACACAACGUGUACCAGUCCCUAAAGGUUCUUUAGAAUUUAUAUUUCACUAUAAAAAUUUAGGUCUCUUAACAACAAUGCGUAUCGGACACGAUAAUUCAGGAGCUUCAUCUAAGUGGCUAGUGGAACAUAUAGUUAUGCGAAAUGAAGUAACUGGUCAUACAUAUAAAUUUCCUUGUGGUCGUUGGUUAGGAAAAGGCGUUGAUGAUGAUUCCACAGAACGUUUACUUGUAGGACAACGAGCAUCAACAAAUGCUAAAAAUUCUGAACUUGUACAAGCUAAUCAUACACCACCACGUACUCGUAGUCCAAGUGUACAGCGUCCAGAAAUGAUACCACCAUCUGAAAUCCAACAUCAGUUAGGAAACUGUGUGAAUGUCAUAGUAAAGUGGCAUUAUAAACCAAGUCGUACUCGUGAUGUUGGUACAUUGACUAAUUUAUUGUGCGGUGAUAAUGGGUUGGUAAAGUGUAUGGAACAAGUAUUCACAUGUGGCUAUCGUUCAACCAGAUUUUUCAGUAAAAAUUUAUAUAUUUGGGAUUAUUUCACAAAAAUUAAAGAACAAUUUGAACAAUAUUUGCAAUAUGAACAACAACAACAAAUUGACGAUUCCGGUUCCAGUAUGGACUCAUCCUUUAGUGAAAAUGGUAUUAAUAGCAUGCAACGCAGAGAAUUGGCAGCUAUUUGGCGCUAUUAUAUACAUCUCAUGGAUGAAAUAAAUACUGCCGGAAGUACACUUGGAAAGGAUGGAAAAUUUCAAUUGCUUAUAUGUCUAAGUUUGAGAGACCACUUACUAACACGUAUGAUAAAACCAAUGGCUAUGACAAAAGUAACACAAGAAAUGUAUGAGGAGGAAAGCUUUAUGAGGCGUAAAAAUUUAUUAACAUUUCUUAUACAAAUUUUGGAACCUUUGGAUGAUUGCCACAUAAUACUUGAAAAUUCAAUAACUCAAGGAAUUCCAUCACAAUGUUAAUUUAAAAAAAUAUAUAUAUAUUAGUAACGAAUUUUAAUGUAAUCUUAAUUAUUCAUAAUCGUUGUUCUCUAUAAUUUAUUAAGCAAUUUCAUCUUGCCCUUAAUUCUUACCAAUUUUUAACUAUAUGAAGAUUUAUU